GAAUGUUUCUACAUUUAUUUCGACUUUCAAGCGUAGGCCAAGAUAUGGUAGCUUAAGCAAUGCUAGUUCCUACUCCGCUGGUGGUCAUCAAGGUAAUUCUGUCGCUACAGGUGUUGAAAGAACAGCAAGUUUAGAGUAGAAAUUCGACCUCGUGUUCUGUGUGGGGCAAUCGUAAGAGCAACACUGUUAAGUAAAUUCACUUGAUCAUCUUGUCUGUAAUUUUAAAUUGAGCCGCAUACUCUCCAGGUGUAAACCAACUAGACAGGGCCUUAAUGUUGAGUGAAUCGAAUGGGACACAAUCUCUGUUGACCUCGGGUAACCUCCAUUGAGUUAGUGAUGUAUUUAAAUGUGAACAUUAAAAAGAGUAGCUCCACCAUUUGCAAAUGUUUCACACUGGAAGAUAAAGGUCUGUCUUUAGUGCUCUUUCUAGUGUAUUGCUUUCCGUGUGACCAUAUUUUGAAUACAUCUACCUUACUGGUGGCCAUGUAUCAUUGACAUACUACUUAUCAAGUGUUGAUGAUUCACUAAUUGUUAGUUAAGUCCCAGGUUUUGAUAGGCUGCUGCGCUUCACACCAGCUGCAUGUUUUGUCAUGUCAAUGAAAAACUGGUCGUGACUCGGGUCUACAGUAAUUUGCCUCCCUGGUGCGGUUUGCUAGUCAUAUCGCGGACAGCUGAGCCCGUCUUUGUACUGGAGGCCUCAGCUGUCAGGAGAGCGUCUUAUCUUGCCGUCACAGAGGAUGUUGUGCUGAAAGGCAAUUGCUUCUUUUCACUACUGCAGUAUGUUGUCUCAGACUGGCCAGAGCGGUGGAAGUGCAAAUGCUGAAGUCAUUACAGACCUCUACAAUGAUCUCAACCACUGACCUUGAGCAGCUUGCUGAAAUAGAACUCCUGAGGGACGAGGAAGAGGAGGAUGAGGAGGAGCAGAGUGACGCCGGGCCGCCUCCCGGUUUGCCCCCCCGAGGCAGCUUCAGCCAGGACGCCACUCAUCCGUACUACGACGUGGCUCGCCACGGCAUCCUCCAGGUCACAGGGGAUGACAAUUAUGGCAGGAAGCUGGUAAUCUUCAGUAGCUGCUGCAUGCCUCCGUCCCACCAGCUUAACCACCAUCGCCUGCUAGAGUACCUGAAGUACACCCUGGACCAGUACGUGGAGAGCGACUACACCGUAGUGUACUUCCACUACGGCCUGCGCAGCAGCAACAAGCCCUCGCUGCGCUGGCUCCGGGACGCCUACAGGGAGUUUGACAGGAAGUACAAGAAGAACCUGAAAGCGCUGUAUGUCGUCCACCCGACGAACUUCAUCCGAAUCAUUUGGAACAUAUUCAAACCACUCAUAAGCCACAAAUUCGGGAAGAAGCUGACGUAUGUCAACUACUUGGCGGAGCUCCGGGACCACCUCAACUGCGAUCAGCUCAUCGUCCCCCCUGACGUCCUCAGGCACGACGAGAAGCUGCGGGCCGCUCAGAAGGGAGGCCCCCCGCCCUCGGUGAGGUCCCCCCCGCCGCGGCCCCCACUGCCCACCCAGCAGUUUGGCGUCAGCCUGCAGUACAUUAGGGAGAAGAACCGCCACGUCAUGAUCCCUCUCGUGAUGUCCCAGACCGUCACCUACCUGAAACAGAAAGGGCUCCAGACAGAGGGCAUCUUCAGGAGGUCGGCUCGUGUGCAGCUCAUCAAGGACAUCCAGAAGCUCUACAACCUAGGGAAGCCGGUGAGCUUUGAGGAGUACGAGGACGUCCACGUGCCGGCCGUCAUCCUCAAGACCUUCCUCAGGGAGCUGCCCGAGCCCCUGCUCACCUUCCCACUGUACGGCUCGCUGCAGGACAUCAUCCGAGUGGAGACCAGUCUGAGAGUGACCACAUGCAUGCAGAUCGUGGGGAACCUUCCAGAACAUAACUACAUCGUCCUAAAGUACCUAACAUGCUUCCUUCACAUGGUGUCCCAGGAGAGCAUCCACAACAAGAUGAGCCCCUCCAACCUGGCCUGUGUGUUUGGGGUGAACCUGGCCCGCCCCCCCCAGGGCUCCAUGUCCCUGACCGCCCUCACGCCCCUCAACAUCUUCACCGAGCUCCUCAUCGAGCACUACCCCACCGUGUUUGGCUCCCGCUGCCCCCCUGGACAGGUUACGCCCUGAGCCCAGCCCCCAGGAUGGUCCCGGUUCUAGGAUCAACGCAGCCCCGAGACCCAGGAUAGCCCCCGGCCUUGGCCCCCCCCCAGGCCUGGCCCACCUGCUCCUUAACACAGCACCCCCAUUUUCCCAGCUGUCAGACGCGGGUGCCUCGCACAACAACAUGUUUCUUCCACUCUGUGAGCCUCUACAUGGAUUGUCUGUCGGCCCCUGUGCCCCUCAAGUCAAACGGCUCUCUCAAAGAUCGUACACCGGAUUGACUUUUUGCCGCCUAAAACGUGUAUCGCGCUGACCCGAAGAGCGAGUUUAAACAAUGCCGGAGCACCUGUGCCUUUUCUUUUUUGAAGACUUCAAGCAAAACCACUUUCACCCUGGAAAUACCAGAGCUGGCGUUUCCGUGGUGACGUGCGGGGGAGGGGAGGACGGAGCGGGUCCUGCGCUAACCUUGACGGCUCGGAUCUCUGAGGUGAUUUCGGCUGCGUGUCCAGGAUAUCAAGAGGGCUGACGGCAGAUCUUCAGAACAAGAAGGUGGUUAUCAUUUCAUGAGCUGUCUCUCUCUUUAUGGCCCCCUGGUUUAAACAGACUGCAACACUCUGAACUGAACCUUGUUUGCUAGCGCUAGAGGGUACAAGCAAAAGCUUUCAUGUCUGUAGUAUUUUCCACCCCAAUUUGUAAUUGUAUACUCGCUUCUCGGUUCAACAUUGCUGUAACAUUGAAAAGCAGAAGCUUUUUUUUUUUUCUUAAAUUUUUUUGUAAAGUUCCAUUGACGCCAAAGAAGAUGAUUGGUCGAUUUGACCUUCAGAUCCACCUUGCUGCUUUGAAAUAUGUAUGUUACUGAUAUGCAAGCCACUGUAACCAAUGCCUUUGCAGGAUGCCAAGGCAUCCUGUAUGAUACUGUCUGUGCUCCGCUCUCUGUACUCUGCAUCGUCUGUUCUUGUUUGUUGGCAAUAUGGUUAAAAGUUUAGGCUUAGGGUGAUUAUGCAAACAUAUUUAUUGAACUGUAGAUGGGUUUAUUUUGACUACUGACUGUUGUUGUAACUACAUUCCUAUUGUCUAAUUUGACCACAUUUGUGCAUAGAAUACAGUAUUACCAAUGAUUUAACCCGCCACAAACAUUGACAUGAUUGAGUACACGCUUAGGAAAACAUUGACAGUUUCACCAAACAUUUGUUCUGGAAUUUUGUUUAUUAAUGAUUAAACUUUUCAUAAGAACUUG